GAGGCUCAGCUGCCGCUGGUUCGCUGAUGAGCAGCAGCUCAGUUAAAGCAGAGAGACGCGUUCGCUGCUGUUCGGCUGAAGAUGGGUUCGGAACGGCUGCUGUUGUUGAUGUUUGUCGCCGCUGCAACGGCGCAGAACGACGUGUCGGUAGACUGCGGCGGGGAUUCGGUGACGGUCCGCUGGAGACUGGACUCUCCUCAGAAGCUGGAUCUGUCCAGAGCUCUGCUGGGAGACUGUCCUCCGAUCUCCACGGAGUCCGGCGACACGCUGCUGUUCUCCGUCUCUCUGCGGGACUGCGGCUUUCACCGGCAGGUAACUCUGGACCGGGUCACAUACUCUAACCUGCUGACCUAUGACCGGCGGCCGGCGCUGACCUUCCUCUCCCGCUCCGUCCGGUGCGUCUAUGACCUACCUGCAAGCAGGACGACGGUGUUCAGCGCUGAGGAAGACUAUGAUGAUGGAGCGGUGACCUUCAGCUUGGAGCUCAUGAACGGUGAUUUCAGCGCUCCGGCUCCGUCUCUGCGCUUCCGGAUGGGCUCCGCUCUUCUCGUCAGAGCCACGGUGGAGUCUCGGAGCCGCAGGCCGCUGUGGAUCUACAUGGAGAGCUGUAUGGUGGCCACGGACGCAGACAUCAGCCGCGCUGCUCGGGUGCAUCCCAUCAUCGCCAACGCUGGGUGUCUGAUGGAGAGUAAAUGGGGAAACUCCAGCUUUCUGCCGAGGCGGCGUCCUGCUGAAAUACGCCUCUAUCUCCAAGCCUUCAAGUUUGCUCUUGGACAGAAUAUCUUCCUUCUCUGUGAUCUGGAGGCGUGGGACGUCCAGCGUGUGGACCGCAGAGCGUGUCACUACAUCCAGCAGCAGCGCAGGUGGAAGCUGCUGGAUGAUCCGUCCCAGAGCUACGUCUGCUCCUCCUGUGAUUCCAGCUUCUUCCGGAGGACAAACGCUGCGAGCGGCGUGUCGGCUCGUAAAGUCCUGGGGCCGUUUGUGAUGGAGGAGGAAUCUCUGGAGACGCCGUCGAGCGCCGAGCACGCUGUGAGUGAUGCUCCGGUGUGGCUGAUGGUGGUGUCGGUGGCAGCGGCGCUGGGGACCGUCGUGGGUGUUUUGGCCGUCAGUUAUUACCUGUGUUUCUGGAGAGGAGGACGCUUGGGCUACAGGCCCAGCAGAGAUCUGCUCACCAAAUACUGACCAUUAGCUUCACAAUAAACCUGCUGAAGCGGUUGCAGUGUUUCUCGUGUGUUUUGUCCAUCAGGGGGCGCUGGAGCUCCUGUACCUGCAUGUGUUUGAGCAGAUGGUGUAAAAGAAAAGCAAGGUGGAUCAUAUGCUAAUAUCAAUGUAAUAUAUUGGAUAACUUUGUUCCUUUUGUGAGGAGCAAUUGCAAUGCUGCUAAAGCUAAUACCCACAGCAGCAAGACACUUCAGUGACGAUACUAGGCCUAUAUUUAGUGUUUCAAUACAUUACUGCCCAUAGAAGAAAAUGAGGGACUGAAGAGUU